GCUUAUAAAGGCGGCUCGUGCUGUGCGCGGCAGCAGUUGUGCUGCGGCGGGCUGUCUUUGUGCUGUGUUUAGGAGUCGCUACUCUUCACCCAUUCUACCUCUUGCACUAUGUCCGGCCGGGGCAAGACUGGCGGCAAGGCCCGUGCCAAGGCCAAGUCGCGCUCUUCGCGCGCCGGCCUCCAGUUCCCCGUAGGCCGCGUACACCGGCUGCUACGGAAAGGCCACUACGCCGAGCGGGUGGGUGCCGGCGCGCCGGUGUACUUGGCUGCCGUGCUCGAAUACCUCACCGCCGAGAUCCUGGAGCUGGCGGGCAACGCGGCCCGCGACAACAAAAAGACGAGAAUCAUCCCCCGCCACCUGCAGCUGGCCAUCCGCAACGACGAGGAGCUCAACAAGCUGCUGGGUGGCGUGACGAUCGCCCAGGGAGGCGUCCUGCCCAACAUCCAGGCCGUGCUGCUGCCCAAGAAGACGAGCGCCACCGUGGGGCCAAAGGCGCCGGCGAGCGGCAAGAAGGCCACGCAGGCCUCUCAGGAGUACUGAGGGCCCCCGCGCCAGCCCCCGGCCCUCUCUAUGCCACCACAAAGGCCCUUUUAAGGGCCACCAUCGCCUCACAGAAAGAGCUGAGCCACGCGGAGCUGCGGAAACAGCGGCCGCGGGGCCCCCCUCCCCCCAAAAAAGCCCCGGUCCGCGCGCCCGCGCCGCCUUCCCCUCCCCCCCGCGCAGCGCGGGAGGCCUCGCCCCCGCUGUCUGCCGGCAGGUCCGGGACUCGGCUACCGGUCCUCAGAUCCCGAUGGCGGUGGGGGGGAGGGGGCGCGGCAGCUUCCUGAAGCCUCGGGCUUCGCGCCUUCCCAGGCUGCGGUGCCCAGACAAGGCCGAGGCUGGCGCCCUGAAGGUGAGUCCCUUCGCACCUGGACGUCUGUUACCCGGCUGGUGCUUAGCCCUCGGCAGCACUUUGCAGACGUGACUGCUGAGCUCCAGGCUUUGGUGGGGGAGAAUUUAACUUAUUUGUUGAGGUCUGGUGUUCCCUUGUUGCCCAGUCCCGGAGCUUUUUCGUCAGAUCUCCAUCUUCAUUCAUAGGCCUGUGUGGCUCGGCUAGAACAAAGCUGUAUAUGUAACACGAGCAGCUUCCAGAGAUGACUGCCUCCUAGGAAGAAGUUUGGGAGAGGGCAGAGGUCUUCCGUUUGGAUUCAGAGCUGACUGAGAAGCAGGAGUUGUGUUUAUGCUGGGAGAGACUGGCUGUCGGGCCUAGCCACCCUAUUUCCCUUCCAGCGACCCAACUCAGCAAUCCCCAAGUACCUAGAUACCAGCAGCACAAAUCAGUUAUUAUCUGUCUGGACUGAGCCUCUGUUGGCUUGUGAAUUGGAAUUUUGCAGCUAUAACCCAUCCAAGACUAGAACUUUAGGUAAUGGGGAGUUUGAGAUGGACUGACUUUAUUAAAGGAUUUUUAAAAAAUUAAA